GGACAAUGAUGGGGAGGCCUCAGUAAGAGAGAGAGAGAGAAGGAGCUAGAGAAAGAAGGAUCUAGAAAAAGAAAGUGAGAGAGAGAGGAUAGGCAGAAAAAGAAGGAGGAUACUUUCUGUGUGUGCAUGAGUAGAUAAAGUAUGAGCUGUCCUAUCUAGCCGCUCCAUGACCUGCCGAGUCCCGGAGAUCUGCUGUAGCAUUGCUGCUCAGGCUUCCGGACGUUGUCAAGACCCUGGGCUCCACUGGGACUGUGGUAUCCUGGAGAUAAGGAGGAGGGCUCCAGUUCCUCAAGAAAGAAAUAAGCAGCUAUUGUGUAUGACGGAGGCGCUUCACACGCGCUGUUUAUGAAAGCAAGUGGUUUUGUAGAAGUUUGAUUCUCUCUGUGGCAGGGGUCACAUAGACCUGCAGAGCUGGACACAGAUUGAGAUCAGUCCAAAACAAUGUCUUUGACUGUGUCUUUUUAAAUGGAGAAUGGUUUUGUAGGUCAACGUUCAGGCUAAUGCGUGAUGGUGUGGCCGUGCUGACUUCAUUCAGGACGACCCCCCUCUCCUCAGAUGAGAAAAGCGGUAACGGGAUCAACAACAUGGCUGACCGAGGGAACAUGCUGCCUGGACACACGGAGACAGACAAUCUGAAUCAGAACAAGGACACAGUGUUCUUCAGGGACGGAGUUCGCAGGAUCGACUUUGUCCUGUCCUACGUCGACGACAAGGACGGAGAGAAGAAGCAGGAGAGAAGGAAGGAGUUUGAGGCCAACCUCCUCAAGGCAGGGCUGGAGCUGGAGACUGAGGAUAAAUCGGACUCUGAUGAUGGUAAGACGUACUUCCUGAAGGUCCACGCUCCGUGGGAGGUCCUGGCCACGUACGCAGACGUGCUGAAGAUCAAGGUCCCCUUCAAGGCCAGCGACAUCCUCCACACCCAGGAAGUUCCCCUGGAGUGGCUGUCCCGCCCCUUCCGCCUGCCGGAGAAGGUGAUGCGCCCCGAGCCGGACUACUUCACCUCGAACUUCGACAAGGGCAAGAUCGACUUCUUCCUCAUCAACGACAAGCACACCUUCUUCCCUCCUUCCACGAGGAACAGAAUAGUGUACUACAUCCUGGCCCGCUGUCCGUACUACAAGGAGGACCGCAAGGAGAAAGACAAGAAGGGGAUCAAGCGGUUACUUAGCAACGGGACUUACACUUCCGCCUUCCCGCUUCAUGAUUGUCGAUACUGGAAGAGGGCGAGGAACCCGGAGUGUGAGAGUGAGAGAUACAACCUGUACAGACACUGGGCCGGGUUCCUCAGCUUCUACAAAGAGCAGCCUCUCAACCUCAUCAGGAAGUACUAUGGGGAGAAGAUUGGUAUCUACUUUGCGUGGCUGGGUUUCUACACGGAGAUGCUGUUCUUCGCUGCGGUGAUGGGCGUCAUCUGCUUCACCUACGGAGUCCUGAGCUACGACGACAACAUGUCCAGUAAAGAGAUCUGUGAUGCAGACAUUGGAGGCAGUAUAGUGAUGUGUCCUCUCUGUGAUAAGAAGUGCAGCUACUGGAAACUCAACUCUACCUGCCUGUCUUCCUGGCAAUCCCAUCUGUUUGACAACGAGGGAACGGUGUUCUUUGCCAUCUUUAUGGGGAUCUGGGUGACCCUGUUCCUGGAGUUCUGGAAGCGGCGACAGGCCCGGCUGGAGUAUGAGUGGGACCUGGUGGAUUUUGAGGAGGAGCAGCAACAGCUGAUGAUCCGGCCCGAGUUUGAGAUCAAGUGCACCGGCCGCAGGCUCAACCGGAUCACCCAGGAAAUGGAACCAUAUCUCCCUGCCACCAGCAAGUGUGCACGCUUCUGUCUGUCUGGAGCUACUGUCCUCUUCUGGAUGUCUCUGAUCGUGGCCUGCAUCAUCGGCGUGAUCGCCUAUCGUCUGGCGGUGUUUGCGGCCUUCGCCAGCAUCAUGAAGGACAGCCCCACCAGGAAGAUCCAGCUGGUGGGCUCGCUCAUCACGCCGCAGCUCGCCACCUCGGUCACCGCCUCCUGCAUCAACUUCGUCAUCAUCAUGAUCCUCAACUUCUUCUACGAGAGGGUGGCCAUCUGGAUCACUGACCUCGAGAUUCCCAAGACCCACCUGGAGUACGAGAACAAGCUGACCAUGAAGAUGUUCUUCUUCCAGUUCGUCAACUACUACUCUUCCUGCUUCUACGUGGCCUUCUUCAAGGGCAAGUUUGUGGGUCACCCUGGCAACUACACCUACAUGUUUGGGAAGUGGAGCAGACUGAGGAACGAGGAGUGUGACCCGGGAGGCUGUCUGAUCGAGCUGACCACCCAGCUGGUCAUCGUCAUGGCAGGGAAGCAGCUGUGGGGGAACAUCCAGGAAGCCCUGCUGCCUCUGAUGCGUAACUGGUGGGGCAGCAGGAAGGCCCGUAACCACCCUGAGCAGCAGUACAGCCGCUGGGAGCAGGACCAUGACCUGCUGAACUUCACCCAGCUGGGCCUCUUCUACGAGUACCUGGAGAUGGUCAUCCAGUUUGGCUUCAUCACCCUGUUCGUGGCCUCCUUCCCCCUGGCUCCUCUCCUGGCUCUGUGCAACAACAUCCUGGAGGUGCGCGUGGACGCCUGGAAGUUCACCACCCAGUUCAGACGGCCUGUGGCGGCCAAGGCACGCAACAUCGGAGCCUGGCAGGAGAUCCUCAACGUGGUGGCCAUCUUGUCUGUAGUCACUAACGCCUUCAUCAUGGCCUUCACCUCAGACAUGAUUCCCCGGCUGGUCUACCUGUACGCCUACCAUGAGGGUCACGAGGCAUCUAUGAGUGGCUACGUCAACAACAGUCUUUCAGUGUACAACAUCUCGCAGAUCCCCCUGUACAGCCAGCCAGAGGAGGGGGAGAGUCCGGCCUGGUACAACAACCAGACCAUAACCACCUGCAGGUAUAGAGACUAUCGCUACCCUCCCGGACACCCCAAGCAGUACACACACACCAUGCAGUUCUGGCACAUUCUGGCCGCCAAGCUAGCCUUUAUCAUCAUAAUGGAGCACGUGGUGUUUGUGGUCAAGUUCUUCGUGGCGUGGAUGAUCCCUGACGUGCCGUCGGAGGUGAAGGCCCGGAUCAAGCGGGAGCGCUACCUGAUCCAGGAGUACCUGCACAACUACGAGGUGGAGAAGCUGAAGAUCCAGCUGAGCCAGAGCUUCAUCAUCGACCCCCCGUCCCAUCCCAGCUCCACCACAGACAAGUGUGAAGUGCUGUCCGAGUGCCUGUAGCCCCCCCCCUCGCUAAUUACUCCUUGCCCUUUGACCCACCCCCCACCCCACCCUUUGGAACCUUUUUGCGUCUCCCUGAAUUCACCUUUGCUGACAAUGUGUGAUCACAUGUAAAGGACUUCCCUAAUAAGGUUAACGGUAUAUUAACGGUAUAUAUUCUAUUCACUUUUUCUUAUUUCGUUUUCAUUUUUUUACAUUUUGUUUCUUCUGUAAAACGAUUGUGAAGUAGCUGCCAAACUUGAAUCCUAUAUUAGGACCUGCUUUGAGGCAGCAUACUCACUUCAGUUUCGAUUCAUUUGAGAAUGAUUCCUGGGGCUUUUUAAAUGAGUGCAAUCACGCGGAGCAUUUGCUGAUUGUGGCCGGCAGUAAGCCUGGUGAAGUACAGUAUGUGCCAAUUAGAUAAGUCUGCCUGUCUGAAAUAAUUAGAUGAUGAUGAUUCAGUGGUUUGAUAAAAAAGAUUUAGUGUUCUCCAUAUCAUAACUGCAUCAUAAAUGAUGUAAUCAUUUAACGUAUGAUUUUAAAUAUAAAUUAAGUUCAGCAGAGACUGCCUUUGAAGAGCAAAAUGCUUUGGCUUUCUUAGCAUCUGCCGUGCACUUUGACCUAAAACUAAUUAGAAUGUAAUAUCUUAAAUAUGAAAUCCCUUUAUUGGCCUCCAAAUGGUAGCUACAGCAUGCAAUGGGUUUGAAUUGAGCUAUAGGUGGGCGACAGUAAUGCAAUGCGUGCAAUGUUUAGAAAAAAGUGGCUUUCAAAACUGUAAGUAAAGAAGCAGUGACUUCAGCCUGGGGAAAGAGACAACAAUGUUGGAAGGAUGUGCUGCUGUAUGGACUUCUAGAGCCAAAGGGAUGGGGUAUUGUCAGUGGAUCUCAAACCGGGGGGUGGUGGGGUGGUUGCAGGUGUUUAUCAGUUUUGAAAAGGGAUCCUGACUGAAAUUAUUUGAGAACCACGGAGUACCGUUUUCUCCCUCUGGGUUCUGCCAUAGUGAAUGUAUGCUACUUCAAAAGUGUUGAUGUGUAGACCCACUCACUGCCAUAAUGGAUAGGAUGUUUGCUGGCUGGUUUACACUCCAAGCCUUGAGGGUUGUUUAUCUUAAUGGGACCAAAAUAUACUUUUGACAUUGUCAUGACUUCAACAUUGACAUGUUGAAGGUAGGCAUAUACACUCAUACAUAUCUGUCCUGUCUUAAUUAGUCAGACCACUCAUCCUAAACAAGCAACAGUCAAUGUGUCUACUGCUAGUCUUUGAAGUUCACCAUCCUUACCAGGUGUAUCUGUCAGUGGACUGUUCAGUCCAGACUUGAAAAUAGGAGGGCAAUAUGAUACUGUUUGCUUUUCAACACAGAAACCUUAUUGAAUAUGUUUCUAAUUGCAGUUAAGACAUGAUUAGAUUGCUGAAAAAUUAUAAUAAAUGUGUUCAAGAUUGUUGCAUUUCUGGUCGGCAGACAGGAAGUGAACUGUUCAUGUGAGUGUGCUCCAGCAUAUCAAGGAAUCUCCAGAUUAAAGGCAGACUUGACAGUGGGAGUUGUGGUUUGUAAGUUAGCUUGUUGUACAUAUUGUUUUUGUAAAGUACACUAUAUGAAGUUAAUGCAACUAUAUAACAUGAAUACAAUUCACCUUAUAAUUUAUUGCUCAGAAACACAAUCAGCUUAUCCAUAUGCUUAAGUCCACCAUUUACAUAUGUCAAAUAAAUGAAUAAGCUUAGCAGCUCCGGUGUUUUAGCUAAAACACGGCUGGAAUACGGCUUGUGACACUGCUACAUGUCUUCUAUCUCAGGUUAACCAUUCUUCCAGUGUCUGACACACACACCUCUCAGCCAUAUGCAGACAGACAUGCUUGGGAGGGGAGAGGUUGUAUCUCUGAGGAGGCAAAUACAGGACCAACUGACCAAUGCCUUAAACAUCUGUUUUUUCAGCAGCUUCUCAUAUAUACUGCAAUGUCACUUUCUUGUAAUGUUUUUAAAAGCAUGUUCGUCAUAUCGUUUCAUGAUCACUAACACUUUCUCUCUACUUUGCAUUGUAUGUAUGUGAUGUGUAUUGUCUUGCUUAAAGGUGCAUGCAUUGCUAGAUUGUGCUCGUUUGUCUAGUCCCAUUGAAGACAAAUAUUAUUAACGUCAGCACUCAGAUGGACAGAGAAUGUUGUUUGAAUAUUACCAAUAAAUAAGGAAACAUAA